AUGCCACCCAAGAUACCUCUAAACUGGGGACUCCCACCGCCACCUCAAUUCCUCAUUCCUUCGACAACAACAGCGCGAUGUCUCCUCCACCAAACACCUCCCAUAUCCUCCUCUCCACUCGCAUACACCUCAAUCCGCACCAUCAAAUCCACCUUUUCCCCAAAACCCGACCGCUUCGCACACCACCCCUCCAAACCCGCCUUAAACAGCACUUCCACGGCCGCCCUCGACCGCAAAGCCCACAGCACCCCGCUUCGCACGGGCUUACUCGCCAUAAAAAAGGGCAUGACAUCGCUCUACGACACCGAAACCGGGAAACGCACCGCUUGCACCGUCCUCCAAUUCGACCGCAACCAAGUCGUGGCGCAUAAGCGACGGGAUGCGCAUGGGUACUGGGCUGUGCAGAUUGGGGCGGGCCAGAAGGAAGCUAGGAAUGUGACGAGGCCUAUGCUGGGCCAUUUUGCGGGCGCGGGCGUGGCGCCGAAGAGGUGGGUUGCGGAGUUUAAAGUCAAGGGGGAGGAGGGGUUGCAGGUGGGUGUUGGGGAGUGUGUGGGUGCGGGGUGGUUUAGGGAGGGGCAGUGGGUGGAUGUUAAGGGGGUGGGGAGGGGGAUGGGGUUUGCGGGUGGUAUGAAACGACAUGGCUUUGGCGGUCAACCUGCUUCCCAUGGUCAAUCGCUCAUGCAUCGUGGUAUGGGAUCUGCGGGUGGAUCGCAAGGUUCGGGUUCUCGUGUGCUGCCUGGCAAGCGUAUGCCAGGAAAUAUGGGGAAUGAGAGUGUUACGGUCAAGAAUUUGAGGGUGUUGCAGGUGGAUGAGGCGAAUGGGGUUGUUGUUGUUACUGGUUGUGUACCUGGUCCUAAGAACCAAAUCAUCCGUGUUCAAGAUGCCCUCGGUAAACCAUGGCCAGAGGGUCCCAUGACCACUGCUGAACUUAAGCCUCAGGAGGUCCUGGCCGCGGCGGCUGAUGUUGCUGCUGCUAGUGCUGAGGCUACUGAGGCUACCACUACUGCUUAG